UUGUUUAACCUCAUGGCGGUUCUGAGUAGCCCUGCAGUCGGGAUACCUUCUAUGUCCGCCUGCCAGCCAGCAGCGGAGGUUCCUGGGCUGAUCCUAGGAUGAGGAUGGGAACCUAUCAGGAUGGUGACCAUACUGAUACCCAUUUCAUAAGGUCCCCAUGAGGACAGAGGGAGCAACCGUGCCAGUACUGUGAUUACAGCGUGUUCUAGUCCACAGAGAGGGUACCACGUGUUUCCUAGGAUGCAGUGCGCACACUCAACACCCUGCAGACCAACGCCAGUUACCUGGAGCAGGUGAAGCGCCGGCGGGGUGACCCCCAGAAACAGCUGGAAGCCAUGGAGCAGUUUCUGGCACGGAGCGGGCUGCAGGUGGAGGACUUGGACCAGCUGAACAUCAUUCACGUCACUGGGACCAAGGGGAAGGGUUCUACCUGUGCCUUCACCGAGCGUAUCCUCCGGAAUUACGGCCUGAAGACCGGAUUCUUUAGCUCUCCCCACCUGGUACAGGUGCGGGAGCGGAUCCGCAUCAACGGGCAGCCCAUCAGCCCCGAGCUCUUCACCAAGCACUUCUGGCGCCUCUACCAUCGGCUGGAGGAGACCAAGGAAGGCAGCCGUGUGCCCAUGCCCGCCUACUUCCGCUUCCUCACGCUCAUGGCCUUCCACAUCUUCCUUCAAGAGAAGGUGGACCUGGCAGUGGUAGAAGUUGGCAUAGGUGGGGCUUACGACUGCACCAACAUCGUCAGGAAGCCUGUAGUGUGUGGAGUGUCCUCUCUUGGCAUCGACCACACCAGCCUUCUGGGGGACACGGUGGAGAAGAUUGCAUGGCAGAAAGGAGGCAUCUUUAAGCCUGGCGUCCCUGCCUUUACGGUGCUGCAGCCCGAAGGCCCCCUGGCGGUGCUGAGGGAGCGCGCCCAGCAGAUUUCAUGCCCUCUUUACCUGUGCCCACCCUUGGAAGCCCUGGAGGAAGGGGGCCCACCGCUGACCCUGGGCCUGGAGGGCGAGCACCAGCGCUCCAACGCGGCCUUGGCUCUGCAGCUGGUCCACUGCUGGCUGCGGCAGCAGGAGCACCGGGGCCUCGGGGAGCUGAGGACGUCUGGGCCGAGCAUCCGCUGGCAGCUGCCCCUGGCCCCAGUGUUCCAGCCCACGGCCCACAUGCAGCAUGGGCUCCAGGACACAGAGUGGCCGGGCCGGACGCAGAUGCUGCGGCACGGGCCCCUCACCUGGUACCUGGACGGCGCGCACACCGUCAGCAGCGUGCAGGCCUGCGUGCACUGGUUCCACCAGGUGCUGCAGCACAACCAGGGGCCCCCCAGUGGGCUUGAGGUGCGGGUCUUACUCUUCAACUCGACUGGAGACAGGGACCCCUUGGCCCUGCUGAAGCUGCUGCAGCCCUGCCAGUUUGACUAUGCUGUCUUCUGCCCCAACCUCACGGAGGCGUCAUCCACAGGCAAUGCAGACCAGCAGAACUUCACGGUGACGCUGGACCAGGUGCUGAUCCGCUGCCUGGAGCACCAGCGACACUGGAGUCACCUGGACCAGGAGCAGGCCGGCCCCGACCUCUGGAGCUCCUUGCAGCCUGGCGGGCCAGCACCCCUGCUGCAGGCGCCCCACCCGCCCCACCCCUGCAGUGCCAACUCCCUGGUUUUCAGCUGCGUCUCCCAUGCCUUGCAAUGGAUCAGCCAAGGCCGAGACCCUGUCUUCCAGCCACCCAGUCCCCCAAGGGGCCUCCUCUCCCACCCCACGGCAAGCGACGGGGCCAGGGUCCUCCAGGAGGCUGCCGCCAUCCAUGUGCUGGUCACUGGCAGCCUGCACCUGGUGGGCAGUGUCCUCAGGCUGCUAGAGCCCUCCCUGUCCCAAUAGCCAUGGACACAGGCGGGGUGGGAGGUGGGACCUCCUGCGCUCAUUCUCCCCUCGCCACUAACUUGCUCCAGGUGCCUUUCAGUUUCUGCUUUUCAAAAUCUGCCAGGCUUGGGCAUGAACAGGGGCUGGGAGAGGACACUGCCAUCUCAGCCCCGUGCCUCAGCCUCGGCCUCCUCCCGGCCCAGCCCACCUCACCCCUGCUACCUCACCACUGCCUGGUGUAGGCCCAGCUUGUCACGUGAGCUGUCGGACCGGGUUCUGGGUCCUCCCUCCCAUGUCCUGGGCUGGGUGAUCGAUUUCCUCCUCCCAGUGCCUUCUGGGAAAGGAGAGGGCCCCUGUCUGGGACACCCUGGGGGCAGCAUAGCUGGAGUGAACUAAAGCCUUUU